GGAAUGACAGUAGCCCAAAAGUGGUCAGAGCUUCCAAGGGAAUUGUUAGAGAAGAUUGUCAAGUGUCUCACUCUCUAUGCCGAUUAUAUUCGAGUUCGAGCAGUCUGCGUUUCAUGGCAAUCUGCUCUACCAAAGACACCCAAACACCUACCUAACCAGUUCCCACUUUUAAUGCUACCCUACAAUCCAGAAACUGAUACACACUGUAAAUUCUACAGCCUUUCUGAGAACAAGUCAUAUCACCUCGACAUUCCUUUUGAGAUCCAUAGCAAGUUUCUUUGUGGAUCAUGUCAUGGUUGGCUCGUUACAGUAGAUAACACUUCUUCCCUUGCCCUCUUCAAUCCUUUCACCAAUGCCCACAUAGAUCUUCCAUCUUUAUCCGAAUAUGGUUCUCAAGGGUUAUUAUCUCUACACAAAGUUGUGUUAUCAUCAAAUCCCUCUUCUUCUGAUUUCAUGGCAAUAGCCAUAUUUAGAUAUUGUUCAAGUUUGUUAUUCUACAAAUGUGGAGACAAGAGAUGGACUAUAGUGGAAGAACCAGCUGCAGAGAUCAAAUUUUUAUUCAGAGAUGUUAUAUUCUACAAGAAUCAAAUUGUUGCUGUGAGAACAGAUGGAGAAGUUGUUAUAAUGGAUAUCAUUGGUAAUCAUAGAAAUUCUACUCCUGAGAUUAAGAUUAAGCAGAUAUUGAGACCACCAGAUUCAAUCACUCUUGAUCAUAAUUUGUAUCUGGUAGAGUCUGAAGAUGAGUUUUUGAUUGUUACUCAGUUGGUAGGUUUGUGGAGAUUGGAUGACAACAGUGCUAACCAUUAUAUAACAACUGGGUUUGCUGUUUAUAAGCUAAAUUGGAGCAAGAACAGCACAGGGGUUAUAAAUGCAGAGUGGUCUGAAGUGAAGAGCUUAGGUGACUGGAUUUUCUUUCUGGGUUUGGGACCUUCGUCUUAUUUCUCGACCAAUGAUUUCCCUGGGUGUAGAGGGAACUGCUCAUAUUUCAGUGAUGAUCUCUGGAAUACUCACUUGGAGAGUGCCGGAGGGGGUAAUAUUGCUCUGUUCGACAUGGAAAAUAAAAGGAUUAAAUCAUUGCCAUGCAAUCCUCAAGGACUCAAUUGGCCGUCUCCCCCUGCAAUUUGGGUUACACCCAGUCCCAUUUAA